AUGGCGUGGGCGUCUUCCAAAUCACAGUCACAGCCCAUGAACCAGCUUGAGCAGCGGCAGGUGCUGUAUGGACUGACUACUGGCUGGCACUGCAAUCAAUGGACCUCUAGCGACGACAGAGUUCGCGGCGGUCAAUCCCAGUCCUAUCUGGAAAGCAGUGGCGCCGGCGUCUGCUUCCGUGGCACCCUCGACAUCGAAGCUCUCGGCGGCGCUGGGUUCGCUUCCCAACGUGACGCCGGACCAGACCAACACUGGGACUUGUCUCCAUUCUCAGGAGUCGAAGUCUCGAUCGAUCCCUCACAAUCCGACGGAAAGCUCUACACGCUGAUUCUCAAGGACGAGAUCCUACCUCGCGAUCCAGACACCGGCCGUGAGCGGUCCACAAUCUCUUGGGAAUUUAACUUCACAGUGUCGAGAUGUCGACCUGAAGCACCCAGCCGCUCCUCGCCCUCUGACACAUCUGGCUUCUUCGUACCGUGGGACCGCUUUAAACCCACAUUCCGUGGCAAAGGGUGCGACGAUCCCAGGAGCCUGGACUUGAGCGACGUCAAGGGAGUCAGCAUCAUGAUCAGAAGCUUCUUCGGUUCCCAGCAAGGAGAUUUCCGCUUGCGCAUCCUUACCAUUGUUGCAACCUCAUCCCCAGAACUCCCAGAACUCGCUCCCGCGGUGGCGGGCAACCCACACGAACACGGUGGGGAUGCCACGGGCCCUCGUCCGUCCCCUGACGAGACAAGAGGAGGUGAGCCUACCUAUGUGGGAGGAGGCUUAGGGGGCAAAAUAUGA